CUGUGUAGUUUGGCUUUUAAUGCUGGAAAUUCAUCUGUUUUCAUUAAGUCGAGUUGGAUGGGACUUUAUUAUGUAUCUGCAGCCGCCGUACAAAGAGAGAGUGACUGAAUUCGAAGUGGGAACUCGUAACCAGACGUGGGAUAACACAAGCAUUGCCCAGCAACUGCAUGGAAAAGUCCGAGUACAUUGCUUACUCCUAGUGACGAACAAAAACGAGCGUCUCAAGGCUAAUCACAUUCUAAGAACCUGGGGAGCCCGAUGCAAUCGGAUGCACAUAGGCAAGGGAAGAGACACAAUUCGGGGAAUCUAUCAAAGCAUUUACGAGAGGUUCUAUUUGGAACUGGACUGGCUGCUGCACGUCAAUGUGGACAGCUAUGUGAUCAUGGAAAAUCUACGCUUCCACCUGGUCAAAUAUGCGCCCAGCGAUGAGGUUUACUUUAGUGCAUUUCACGCUUUUUAUCCCUAUGCACAUGUAAGUCAGAGGGAGUCCACCGAUUACAUUCUGAGUCGUGGUGCACUUCAGCAAUUACUUGCCCGAAAUUGUUUCUCCAGAGACUGGCUAGCUUGUCUGGCCGAGAUGAAGCAAGGUCCGAGCGAGCUAUUGUUUCCAUUGCAGAUUCCAGGGGAGAUUUUUCCAUUUGACUUGCGCUCAGAGUUCUGGAAUUGGCCCUACAUUCAUCGGGCGGUUUAUUCUGAUCAGGGUUUCAAUAAUUCCACAGCUUAUCCAAUUGCUUUUCCCUACACCACCGCCAAUCAGUUGCAUGUGCUAGAGUAUCUACUGUACCAUCUGCGUCCUUAUGGCUAUUUAAAUGGAAUGCCAGGGCUGUCACAAGGCUACUCAGUUCAGGUUCCAGUCCUGCCAGUGGACGACACGAUUGCCAGACAGCUUUACAAAGAGGUUCGCAUACUCUGCAUGGUGAUGACCUAUCCCCACAUGUAUGAGAAGGUGGCAAGAUCCAUUCGAAAAACCUGGGGACGUCGUUGCAACAAACUGAUCGUGUUCAGCAGUCGGAAGCAGUCCAGUGUGAGGGGAGUACAUACAGUAGCCCUAAAUGUCAGCGAGGGUUAUGCUCUACUUUGGGGGAAAACGAAGGCCGCCUUUAGACAUGUCUACAGGCACCAUCUCCAUGAGGCGGACUGGUUCUUUAAGGCAGACGAUGAUACCUAUGCCAUAAUAGAUAAUAUGCGAUAUAUGCUGCAUUCCCAUCACACCGAUGAGUCUGUCUACUUCGGCUGUCACUUUGUCCCCAACGGGA